AUGUCGUUGGACUACAAGAUAACGCUCAGGAUUCCAUUUGAAACCGAGAAACAGGCCAUCAUCGCCCGUGAAACCUUGUCACCCGAUCCCAUCUUGAAAGGUACCGAGAUGUCUGUGUCAUACUCCGCUGACAAGUCCGUUUUGGUAUGCCAGUUUGCUGGUGUAAGUGACAGGGUCAUUAGAGUUGCAGUCAGCAACGUUAUAGACAAUAUCAAGACCAUCAUCGAGUGCAUGGACGAGUUCGAUGGUAAGAAGGAAUUCUUGUUUGAGGAAAGCUGA